GUCUACACGUUCUACAAUAUAAAUUCACAAUAUGAUGAUUUCAGGAAAUAUGAAUAGUAAAAAACCUUCAAAUACUACCCCCAACGACUGCCACUUGAGCUCGGCUGUCUUGAUGGGGGGACCAAAGAACGCUCAAUCAUCUGAAUUCGCUGACGCUAUCUGCUCUAUUGAUGGUCUCGUCAGCUACGCAUACUCUUCUUCAUCCGGCUGGGACGCAGGGCCAAAGCGCCCAUCCAAUGCCUCUCAGCUGAAUACAGCUGCUGAAGAUGUUGGGAAUCUACUAUGCUCUAUUCCCUCGCCCCCGAAUACGCCAGAAGAGUCGCUCUCGCCACUCAGCACUAUCAAUUCCGGAAAUUUCAACCCAAGUCCAAACUUCUUAGAGUCUAAAAAAUACGAUGAUAAUCUCUCUAUUGAAUUCUCUAAUGGUGAUCAAUGGUGCGGUUUCUUACCUUCCAGUGAAACACUCGCAAUUGAGAAAGUUGAAUGGGAUUCUGUUCAAUUCCUUAGAGAAGAUAUCGUCGCCUUACUUGAACUUGGUGAGACGUUGAACGUUAACAAUUUGGUUGUUGUCAUGCCUAAAUUCAUACAAGGUCUGACCGAGUUAAUUCACUCCUUCAUGUAUGUCGGUGGUGCUCUCGUUGAUCUCAAAUCGACAGGCUGGGGUAUCAAAGACGAUUACAUCGCUUUCUCUAUGCAAAUUUAAUCAAAAUUCAUAAUUUACAACUUAUUUAUUACAUCAUUUACCAAAACCUACCUAAAUCAGCCAAAAUUGAAGGACGAAUUAUAUACUCACCAGUAAAUCCCAUCAUACGUGCCAUUUCAACACUUUCUUCAUCGACGUCCCCACUUUCAGUAUUCUCGAUAGCAGUCUUAGCUUUUUUAUUUUUACGCUUGUUUGUCUUUUUAUCUAUCUCCGC